ACAAUACAAGCACAGCACAAAAUUAUUACGUGAAUGUUGUUACCAUUAGGAAACGAGUUUCAACUUGGUGCUAUCGUAAGUUAGAAAUAUGAGAAAAUUCGCAAAAUAUUGGCGAGACUCUGCCAGUCUUCUGAUUUUAGCGCGCGAUGGAAAUCUCCCCGCUGCCAAGAACCAGUAUAACUAUAAGGUAUUGGCCUUCAAACGUACCGAGAAAACCUCGUUCAUGCCGAACAGUAUCGUGUUCCCUGGAGGGGCAUUUGACAAGCAAGAUGAAAACCUCCAAUGGAAUGGGUUCUUCUCGAGCAUGGGCGUAGCCAGUGAACAGCUGAAAAACUUAACUGCGGUUGCCGGACCAAGACCGUUCAUCUUUGAGAACGAUAGCGAUGACGUGUUGGAUAGGAAUAUAUCGCUUCGACUAACAGCACUCAGAGAGGCAUACGAAGAGCUAGGCGUUCUGAUAGGGCAGAAAACAGAUCAACUUGGUGUCAGUUCCUCUGGGUAUAGUAUUGCGAUCCCGGAUUCGGAUAUAUUAUCGAAUCAAAAAGCUGUACACGAUAACGAACUGCCAUUUGUGAACCUUUGCAAGAAACUGGGAAUUGUGCCUGAUGUGUUCAACAUGUACGAAUGGUCUGUGUGGUUGACUCCGGCCAUGUUCCGGAAGCGAAGGUUUGAAACGGCCUUCUAUUUGGUAGCAUUGGAUGAGAAACCCGCUGUUUAUGCCGAACCACAUGAAGUUAGUGAAUUUAUGUGGGACACACCGGCCGGGUUGUUGCAAGCUCACCGCGAGGAGAAACUUUGGCUGGCACCUCCCCAGUGUUACGAACUGACCAGAUUGAGCCAUCUUUAUGAUAUCGAUCAAAUCGUUCACUUUGCCAAAGAGAGAAAUAACAAGGGAAGCACGCUAUACUGUCCCGUUCAAUACCAGUGUUCGGAUGCGGUCGUGUUUUUACUGCCGGGAGAUGAUCAUUACCCGAAAGACUAUGAUUAUAUAACGACACAUGAUUUCGAAAAGCACAAAGAUUUGCCAGCGGAGGAAUUACGGAAACAGGCGAAGAAUGUGCACCGUGCGGAGCACACCGGAUUGCAUGGCCAGACGUACUACCACAAUAUUGAACCAUUUAAUGGGCACUUGAGUCUAGAUGGAAAGAAUAGGCAUUUAUCAAAAUUGUGAUUCAAACGAGUGCAACACUGUUACGGCUACGGGUAGAUUAAUUGAAUGAAUAAAAAUGGCGUAGGAUUUUUACGUAAAA